UGUCCCCCCGGGUGCCCCAGGUGUCCCCGUGCCCAUGGAGCUGCUGUUCGGGCGCCGGAAGACGCCGGAGGAGCUGCUGCGGCAGAACCAGCGGGCGCUGGGCAGGGCCGUGCGGGAGCUCGACCGCGAGCGGCAGAAACUCGAGGCGCAGGAGAAGAAAAUCAUCGUGGACAUCAAGAAAAUGGCCAAGCAGGGGCAGAUGGACGCCGUCAGGGUGAUGGCCAAGGACCUGGUCCGGACCCGGCGCUACAUCCGCAAGUUCAUCACGAUGAGGGCGAACGUCCAGGGCGUGUCCCUGAAGAUCCAGACCCUCAAAUCCAACAGCUCCAUGGCCACGGCCAUGCGCGGCGUCACCAAGGCCAUGGCCACCAUGAACAGACAGCUGAAGCUGCCCCAGAUCCAGAAGAUCAUGCUGGAAUUCGAGCGCCAGGCCGAGAUCAUGGACAUGAAGGAGGAGCUGAUGAACGACGCCAUCGACGACGCCCUCGGGGACGAGGACGACGAGGAGGAGAGGUGGGGACACACCCAGGGG